AUGAGUUUAACAGGAGGAUAUCAUCUUCCGAAAACAAAUGGAAAUAUGCCACAUCAUGAUCUUCUUAUACUUGAUUCUGGUUCAUCACAACAUCAACUACAACAAUUACAACAACCACAAAGACCAUCACCACCAUUUUAUUUAUUAAGUCAUUAUCCAUUAGAACCACCACCUACUGGUAGUACAAAUCUCAUUGAUCAUUGGGGUUUAAGACGUGAUUUUGAUAAAUAUGUUAAACAACCUAUAUCACCAUCAUUAAGUGAUUUUUUAACAGAUAUUCCUUUAGCUGAAACUGCACAACAUAAAGCAGCUUCAUUUGCCGGUGAUGUACAUGGUGGUGUUGGAACAUUAAGAUCCUUAUUUGCUGGUCCUAUUAUUUCAAAAGAAAUACUUCCACUUACAGAACAACAAUUAAGUGCAUUUCGUUUACAUCGUGAGCCAACAUUACCUGAUAUGUAUCAAAUAUAUACAAGUUCACCAAAAGAAACACGUUCAGCACCAACAACAGAAACACUUCUACCUCCACCAACAACAAAUCCACUUCCUGGACCAUCACCCCAAGUUCAACGUGUUAUCAAUGAACAAACAUCACGUAUAUCACCUGAUGUUAAACGAAAAGCACCAGCUGAUACAACACCUGUUAUACAACAACAAACAACAACACCAGUUGCUAGUAUGUUAAAUCGAACGAUAUCAACAACAAGUACACCAACAUUAUCAACAAAUGCAAAUUUAGCAUCGAAUAGUGGACAUUUAAAUGAUGAUCAAGAUGAAAUGAAUUUAUCAAAACGAAAAACAAAGAAGACUAAAAAAGAAAAAAAAGUUUAA